GUUUAAACAUCACUGCUAAAGACUUCCAGCGUCCAUGAAGUUCCAUGAAGAAACCAAGAACCCCAGAGACCCCAGGACACAGAUAAGGAACGAGUCAUGUUUCUGAUUUGGGUUUUCUUGCUUUCUGCUGCUCCACAUGCUCUGUCGUCCGGCUCCGUCCUCUGCAGAGAGCCAGAGGCCAGCGACCCGAGCGCAGAGCACAUGAUCGAUUGUCUCGGCCUGCGCUUCACCUGGCUCCACUCCGUCUUUGAUAACUUCCCCUCGUUCCUUCGUUUCGCUCUGAAGCUCCGCUGUGCGACGGGGCUCUGUCCUCGCGAUCUGGAAGAUUACGGCUGCUCCUGUCGAUAUGUGGCUGCCGGGAACCCCGUGGACGCUCUGGAUGUCUGCUGUGGGACUCACAGAAUGUGUUACCAGAACACUGCCCCCUGCAGGCAGGAGCUGCCUCUCCUCCCGAACAACCUCACCUGUUCAGCAGCAAACAGCAGCUGUGGAGAUGUUGGUGAUUGGUGUCAGCAGAGGUUUUGUGAAUGUGACCAGGCGGCCAUCGACUGCAUGACGCUGAGCUCGUUCAACUCCACCCUGAGAGGCGUCGCCGAGUCGUCCUGCUCUGCGUCAAACGUCACAGAUCUUCUAAGCAGCUCCUUCAACACCAGCGAGGUCUUCAUAGAGACAGAUCUUCUCUCAGCAGGAAACGACUCGGUGAGCCAGCAGCUCUUCAACUCGUCCCUCCUGUCGGCAGAGAUGGACGCGUUAAUGACCAGCGGGGCAGAUAACCGGAGUGACACAGCAGCCAUGGAUGGCGACCUCGUCACCCCACCGCCAGGCCCGCCUCCCCCGCUGACGCCCGAUGAGGAGUUUGAAGAAGGGGAAGGUGGUGCGGAGGAGGUAGAAGAGGAAGAGAAGACUCAGACGAGUUUCAUCUCUAAAGAAUUGAAUGAGGCUUUGACAGAGGAAGCACUCGAGCUGGAGGAGAUAUAUACGGAUCAGACAGCCCACAGUCCUCCUGCAGUCAGCCCUGAGUCCGGCUUGUUCUCCAAAGAAGGAGAAACGCAGAGCGACGCAGAAUCAGAGCCGACCUAUCAUUCUGCACAAAGUUUUGGAAAUGAAAACAAAGAGGAAUCGACAACACCACCAUCCUCCAACGAUGACAUCACAUCAACGUCUAGGCGGACUUCAACUUCCUGGAGGACUACAAAUCCCACAGAAGUGACACCAACGGGCUUGAAGGAUUCAUCUGAGGAAGGUUCUGAGAUUGUCACAACUUUAUCUGUGACGUCAGUAAAACCACAAAUCAGUUCUGCUGAGAGAGAAACGGCCACAUCCACCGCCAGGGCCUUUAAGUCGUCUGAAGAGGAAGAGGAGGAAGAGGAACAGAAAGCUUCAGAUGAGGAUGGCAUCGAUGUGCUCACAACUACAACCGCCAUGACAGUAACAACACAGAUGACAACAACGACAUCGACGCAAUCAGUAACCAGAGACGAGUCUGACGAGGCCAGAGGAGGCCCAACAACAUCGACGACGACAACAACAGCCUCACCAACAGGUCCAGAAGUUACAACCAGCCGGAUGGAGAGAUCAUCAACACCAAGAUCCAGACCAUCGAGCACCCCGAGGAGACCCACAGAUCCCGACACUUCACAGGAGGACGACUUCCCUCCACAGAGACUUCCUGCUGCUCUCAGUCUCCUGAGCAGAGGUCAGGGGGCGCCACCACCCACAUUGGCCCCGACGACUUCGGUGAAAAGUGUCUCUCAGUGGACGCCGACGAGGCGAGUCACGCUCUGGAAAACGGGAUCGGAGAUAAUCACGUCGACGAGGAGCACACCGGUAGCUCCGCCCACGACCACUGAGGCCGACUCUGAGGAGGAGGAGGAGCAGGAGGAGAGGUCUGAACUGGCAGAGGAGCCCCCCUGUGAGGACGGGCAGCCGGCAGACAGCUCGCAGGAGCGAGACACAGAUGACCGGAGAGCAGCUCAUAAGAGGGCGGUGCCGUUCUUUGCCUGGUCCCUGCUGGAGUCCGUCGGGUUGACUGACAUUCAGCUGCAGCCCGACAGCAAAGAAUGCAGCCGCUCGUUCACCCUGUACGGCGGGGAUGGGCGAGCGAGGCGCGAGAUGCCGUCUCUGGGGGAGAUGCUGCACUGCCUGACGGGACGAUGUCCGCACGAGUACGAGAUGUACGGCUGCUACUGCGGACAGGAGGGGGGCGGGGGGACGCCUCAGGACCAGCUGGACAGGUGCUGCUUCUUCCAUCACUGCUGCCUGAAGCAGAUCGGCUCCAUGGGCUGCAGGUCGGAGAGGAAGCUGAACGCUCAGAUCUCGUGUGAGAACGGGAAGCCUCGAUGUCAGGGCCUCGCAGCGUGCGACAAGCUGCAGUGUGUGUGUGACAAAGCCACCGCGGAGUGUAUGGCUGCCGCUCACUUUAACCACAGCCUGCCGGCGCCGCGGUGCCACGGGCCCGGACCUCCCUGCCGCCGGGCUAGCAGACCCCCCAAACCACGUUUUCCCACUCAGUCCAGUGAGGAGAGCGAGGAGCAGCAGGACCCGGAGAAGUCCAACACACAACCCCCACAGACGUCCCAAAACAGUGGUGAAGAAAAGACAAAUCCACCUGUUGCAUCGUCCACACGUCCUCCUCCUCGUACUCCUCCUCCUCCCUCCAGUGAGGAGAGCAGAGAGUCUCCAUCACACAGCGGGAUUCAAACACAAAACCACAGGCCGAGCCCCGGGCAGAGCCAACGGCCAAGACCAGCAGAGAGACCAGCAGGGAGACCAGCAGGGAGACCAGCAGAAAGACCAGCAGGACAUCCAGCAGAAAGACCAGGAGGAAGACCAGAAGGGACUGGAGUGAAAGGUGAAGAAGAAGAGGAAGAGGGGGGAGGAGAGGAAGAGGAAGGUGCAGAAGAGGAGGAAGAAAAGGAGGCCAGAAAAUAGACAAGUUUUGUUUCAAAAGGCCACUCGGGAGAUGAAGACGUUUUAGGGAUCCUACAACAGAAGCUUUAAUGUACAGAAAUCUGAUGUUCACUUUGAUUGUUAGUGUUUUAUUAAAGGUGACAUAUCCUCCUCCUCUUCUUCAGUGUAAGUAAGUCUCAGAGCUCCUCAAAACAUGUGUGUGAAGUUUCUUGUUCUAAAUCCACUCUGAUCCUGUAUUUGAUCAUGUCUAUAAACCCCUCUAUUUCAGCCCUGCUCAGAACAGGCUGUUUCUGUGUCUGUACCUUUAAAUAUGUAAAUGAGCUGCAUCUGACCACGCCCCCUCUCUGGAAGGGCUUGGGUGUACUCUGUCUUUCUCGCUCCAUGUCCUAUUGUUUACGGUGAGAAGGCAGACUCAGAGGGCAGAACAAACACCUAGCUGUGGGAGUGUCACCCACCUGGGGGAGGGGCUACUGCCCUUUGUGAUGUCAUGAAGGGAAAAUCUCCAAACGGCCUGUUUGAGCACACAUUUUCUGAAAAGUGGAGCAGGUGAAAGACGGAGAGGAUGGACUUUUCUCAUCAUUGGGGGGUUUGUAGACUAGAGAAACAUGUUAGUGUUAGAGAAACAUGGUGAAGUGGAUUUAGCAUAAUAUGGGACCUUUAAUGCAUGACAUAAUCGUUGUUACCUGGUCUUAUUUUACUUUUUUAUCCGCUGGAACCUCGCUUCUUUGAAGGUUUUUGCAGAUUUAAAAAAUAUUCCUGGAAAAAACAUACAACUGUCGUAAAACAAGAUCAAAAUGCUUCUUUCAAGCCUGCCACACGGCCCUUCUGAUAACUUUUCAACUGCAAUAUCUUCGUUUUGAUAAACUUGACAUUUCAAACUGCUUCAAAGAAAGCUUAGUAAAUAUGUUUUAUCAUGCAUUUGUACAAAAAUCACCUUUAAAACAUGCACAUUACAUAAAAUAACACUGUUUUCACCGUCUAAAGUUACACUCCAGACAACACACACAUGAUCCCCCUCUGCUGUUUGAGAGCAGCCAAAUUCACACUCGCAGUCUCGAUCAGCCUUCAGUCUCAGUUCAGAUUAAAGUCUGGAAAAAAAAACCCUCCUGGAGAAAUGACACGUCAUGUAGCAUGAACUCCAGGUUUCACCAGACGUUCUCUCUCUCUCUUUAAGGCAGAAUGAAAUGUGGCGCGGCUCCCCGAGCUGGGUGGUUAAGUGGUAUGUAACGUCUAAUGAAGGGGUUCGAAGGUCUGGAAAUUCAAAAAGAGGAGCUGAAGUGACGACAGCAGUUAUUAUGACGGAUAAUGUGUAUGCACUCUAAAGAUACGGCGACAGAAUACACAGAAGGAGCUUCAAGGUUUUCUUCAUGUUUCUGCUUAAAAAAGAAGACCCUUUAUUGAAGCAGGUUGGUCUCAUUGAGUUUAUAAGAACCUCUUUUCAAAGUGGGACCUGGCCGAAACAGCCAGCAGCACAAACACAAAGUCACAGACACAACGGGAGACAAAGUACGAUUUACAAAAACACUCAAAUUUGCAUGAAGAGAGAAAAACCACCUGGGAGUCAGCAGUUCAAGCAGUCGAGCUAAAAACAUCCACAUCCUGUAGAAGCUGCUUCCAGGUCUUCAUUUUAGAUUUAAAAACCUGUAAGGACACCAGCUCC